UCUCCAAACCGCUCCUGCCCAACUCCAGGAGCAGCUCAGCUUCAGCCGCCCAGGGGAGGGUGGGGGCAACGCUCCAAGCCCGCCCCGGCGCGCGGACCCAGAGCAGCGCUCUCGGAUUCCCGAUCUUCAGACAGCGGGUUGCCCCGGGGACCGCGGUGAGGUGGGAGGGAGCAGGGCGCCGAAUGGAGCUGGAGAGAGUGGAGAGGUCCAGUCUCUCAUUUUCCCCCACUGGAAAAGAGGGUCCAAGGUCCACGAGGGCUUCAGGCAGAAGCAAUAAAGAGAAACUGCAAAUCAGAAGAGAGAUCAGGAUAGGGCGACCUAAAUCCACUUGGGUCCUCCCCUGAGUACGCAGUGCCCUCUCUCUGUGCCGGCACCUACCCUAUCCAGGUACAGCUUCGGGACAAAGCGAACGUCCCCUGCCCUGCAGCCCCAAGCCAGAGCACCAUGGAAGCCGCUAACCUCUUGGCGACCACCAACGGAGCCGCCCUUCUCGUAGGACCUGAGACUUGCACCAGUACCCCAACCCCGAGCAGCGAGAUCCUCGGGACCACCCCAGGAGGCACCGACCUGCCUGGCCGGGAGCCGCCCUUCUCGGUCUUCACCGUGCUGGUGGUGACGCUUCUCAUACUGCUGAUCGCGGCCACUUUUCUGUGGAAUCUGCUGGUUCUGGUCACCAUCCUGCGUGUCCGCGCCUUUCAUCGAGUGCCGCAUAACUUGGUGGCCUCGACGGCCGUAUCGGACGUACUAGUGGCAGCGCUGGUGAUGCCCCUGAGCCUAGUGAGCGAGCUGUCGGCCGGGCGACGUUGGCAGCUGGGUAGGAGCCUGUGUCAGGUGUGGAUCUCCUUCGACGUGCUGUGCUGUACCGCCAGUAUCUGGAACGUGGCGGCCAUCGCUCUGGACCGAUACUGGACCAUCACGCGUCACCUGCAAUACACGCUACGCACCCGCCGCCGUGCCUCAGCUGUCAUGAUCGCGCUCACCUGGGCACUAUCUGCGCUCAUUGCCCUCGCCCCUCUGCUCUUUGGUUGGGGCGAGGCGUACGAUGCUCAGCUCCAGCGCUGCCAGGUGAGCCAGGAACCCUCCUACGCCGUCUUCUCCACCUGCGGCGCUUUUUACCUGCCGCUUGGCGUGGUACUGUUUGUCUACUGGAAGAUCUACAAGGCGGCCAAGUUUCGCUUCGGUCGCCGCCGCCGGGCUGUGCAGCCCUUGCCCUCCACCACGCAGGUGAAGGAGGCACCUCCUGAGGCUGAGAUGGUGUUCACAGCCCGUUGCAGAGCCACUGUGACCUUCCAGACCAGUGGAGACUCCUGGCGGGAGCAGAAGGAGAAGCGAGCAGCCCUGAUGGUGGGCAUCUUGAUUGGUGUGUUCGUCCUGUGCUGGAUCCCCUUCUUCCUGGCGGAGCUCAUCAGCCCCCUUUGUGCCUGCAGCUUACCCCCCAUCUGGAAGAGCAUUUUCCUGUGGCUUGGCUACUCCAAUUCUUUUUUCAACCCCUUGAUUUACACAGCUUUUAACAAGAACUACAACAAUGCUUUUAAGAGCCUCUUUACCAAGCAGAGAUAAAAGGGGUUGGAGAGAAAUGGGGAGACAGGGGAAAGAAACUCAUAACUCUCCUUUUCACCAGUGAUCUGGGAGCUGUCUCUCCCUAGCUGAAUACUAAUUACAUUUUGAGAGUCAUAUCAUUGGGCUGGGACUAUAGAAGUAGCAGUGCCAAAAGCUCGUCUCACAAAGGAAAGCAAAAAAUAUACAGUAAGCAUAAAAGUAUGCUUUCUUCCCAUAUAGAUGUAGACAUUGCUAACAGAUCAUGUACCUUUCCCCAUUGAGCAGGAAUUUCACUCAGAAUCCUUCAGGACAGCACUUUAGUUAUUGCUAAUUGGUUACAACUGACACACAAGUCAAAGAUGAUUUGACUUUCCUUUGUUCAAUACUCUGUUCCUCAGUGAGCAUCUCAAGCCUCUUGGAAGACUCUCCCUUGUGAAAGAGUGCUUCCCCCACCCUUUGAACUCAGCUUACCUUUCUCAAGACUCUCACACAUCCCCCAAUGGCCGUGUAUUCCAAUUUGCAAGAAAAUGAGGAUUACCUACCUACUGAAUCAGACUCUCAAAGUGUAGACUGGUGAUAUAUGUAUUACAUUCUCUCAGUUUUCUAUUUUUUUUUUUUUUUUAAAUCAGUGAGAUUGUUUUCAUCACCUUUUUUGCUACUCUGACCAAAAAGUUCAUUUUGGGGCUCAAGGUUUCAGAGGUCUCAGUUCAUAGACAGCCAGCUCUGUUCCUUGAGGCAAGGCAAAACAUUGUGGCAGAAGAGCUUGGUGCAGGAAAGUAGCUGGGGACACAGCUCCAGGAAGCAGAGAGCAAGCUCCCUCAAGGAGGGAAAAAUAUAUACCUGCCUGUAGUUACCACUGUUAAUCCCUAUGGGGGAUUAAUGCAUUGAUUAAAUCAAGACUCUCCUAAUCCAAUCAUUUUACCUCUAAGCCUUCUCGCUUUGUCUCACACAGGAGCUUUUGGGGGACAUAUCACAUAUAAACUACAACAGAUGCUGCUGGAUUUUUAGUUUGCUCUUAGACUGAUUUUAAACUAAAAUUUCUGGGGGAUGACCCAAUGCAGCAGCAAUUCUUAAAACUUGCCACAUGAUUCCUGUGUGUGAAACCCUGUUGAGGUCUUUUCUCUGCUGCUUUACCACAAGGGACGAAAGUUACGAGAAAUGUUUCCAUGUUACUUAACCAUACUGACUUGUAUGUGUAAUAAAAAGACCUUAGAGGGCA